GUGCUAUCCUAGGGGUGAUAUCCGCCUACCUGUCAGCGGAUCCCUCGAUCACUUACUCAAUCUAAUUGGUGGAUCACUUAGAGGAACUGGGACACUCCAUUUGAAGAUUAAUCGCAAAUCUAAAUUCGCGUGUAUCGAAGUUGUGGUGGCCAAUAAAACCAACCCAUCGAUACCGUUAGCUUAGUUAGCGCAGUUAUCCAGAGGGAACGAUUUUGAAGAGAGCCCGCUGAACCGCUGUAAUGACUAUUAUAUUUGCCAAAAGCGAUGAUCAAACGCCUUUUACUCCCAGAGACAAUCGAUCAACUCGACAUUUCGGCUGCUUCACGUUGUUUAUGUUCCGUAUUACCGCGUAACGACGUUCAGCGAGCUUGACAGGUCUGUUUCUCAAUUUCUUUUUAUUUCUCUCUUUGCAUCAAUGUCUAUUUAAAUGCAGAAUAGGAGAACUGCGACAGGCAAUCGCAUAUGCAUAUAUUACGAUCUGUUUAAAAUUGUUAUUUGUUUUAAAUAAUUUUUACAAACGGACAUAUUAUUAGGCUGCCUCGACUGACAUUAUGAAAUCCUGAUUCAUUUAAAAUACACUGGCGGUCCAUCAGAAAAUAAGCUGUUUUCUGAACCGUUUUGGACGCCCUUUGCUUUUUGCUUUGGCUUUUAGUGGCGCGAGCAUAAGCGCGAGGUCAUGCGCGCCUCUGCUGAGCAGCUGUCAAUCACAAUUGUUCGCGAGAGAUCGCACUGACGCGGCUUGCAACGGUGUUUUCCGGUACCACAGUGCUUUCUGUAGUGUUUCACAAAAGAGGUUAACUUGUCGCUGUCGCUUGGAGAAUCUCGUAGUAGUAGGUGGAGAGAAGGCGGAUCGACUGGCAAAACCCGCCAUGCCCGGUCCGGUGAGCAGCAAAGCACGGGUGUAUGCAGAUGCCAACACUGUGAAGAGCAAGGAAUACUGGGAUUAUGAAGCACAUGUGCCUAGCUGGAGCAACCAGGAUGACUACCAGCUUGUACGGAAGCUCGGAAGAGGCAAAUACAGUGAAGUUUUUGAGGCCAUCAACAUCAACAGCAACGACAGAGUAGUUGUAAAAAUACUAAAGCCUGUUAAGAAGAAGAAGAUUAAACGUGAAAUCAAAAUUCUGGAGAACUUGAGAGGAGGAACCAACAUCAUUCGUCUUGUAGACACAGUGAAAGACCCUGUGUCUAGAACGCCAGCCCUUGUGUUUGAGUACAUAAAUAACACAGAUUUCAAGGAUCUCUAUCAAAGACUAACAGACUUUGACAUCCGAUUUUACUUGUAUGAACUUCUCAAGGCGCUGGAUUACUCUCAUAGCAUGGGCAUCAUGCAUCGCGACGUCAAGCCUCAUAAUGUCAUGAUAGACCACCAAAUGAGAAAGUUGCGGCUUAUAGAUUGGGGUCUUGCUGAGUUCUAUCACCCUGCACAGGAGUACAAUGUAAGGGUUGCUUCACGAUCAUAUAAGGGACCAGAACUGCUAGUUGACUAUCAGAUGUAUGACUACAGUCUGGACAUGUGGAGCUUAGGCUGUAUGUUAGCCAGUAUGAUCUUUCAGAAAGAGCCAUUUUUCCAUGGGCAAGACAAUUAUGACCAGCUGGUCAGAAUCGCCAAGGUUCUUGGAACCGAAGAGCUGUUUAGCUACCUGAACAAGUAUCACAUUGAGCUGGACACACGCUUCAAAGAUCUUCUCGGCCAGCAGACACGCAAACGCUGGGAGAACUUUGUUCUGCCGGAGAAUCAGCACCUGGUGAGUCCAGAAGCUCUGGAUCUGCUGGAUAAACUGCUGCGUUACGAUCAUCAGCAGAGACUGACUGCUCAAGAGGCCAUGGAACACCCUUACUUCUAUCCUGUGUUGAAGGGACAGCCUCUGUCAAACUCAGAAGGCGCACUGGCAAUAAGCAGCUCAACCACAACAUGAUGGGCUAAAAGCAGGAAAACCUUUUUACCUCAACGUGUCGUGCAGAGACAUGCUGCCUUUCAGGUGUGAAGCUUCAGUUUACUGGAGAAAGAAGUUAUUAAGCAACACAAGACUUGUACAGAAUGAACACAACGGGCUGUAGUCCCUCUCCUACAUUCACUUUGUAUUAGUGCUGCUUGCCAUUGUUAUCUAGGUACCAAACUGGUGUUUUCUCCUCCCUCCACCCAUUUCUCUCUCUCUCUCUUUCUCUCCCUUUGAGUUGGUCAUCUCCAUUUCGUUUUUUGGAACAACACUGAAUUAAGCUAUGAUAUUAAGGCUGGGAAAGAAUGCCUGCUCUUUCCUCAAUGAUUCUCAGGCUGUUGAUGGCUGACGGGGCUCCUCAUCCUGGUUGCAUUAUGUACUGGAAGAUUGUGUUGUUCAAUGACUUGCCCUGCUGAUAUGAGCUCAGAUUAUAAACUAUAGUAUUGUCAGGUAUGGAGGCUUUACUGCAAUUUAUUGAAAAUAAGAUAUAUUAAAUCAAACCGUUUUUAA